GGUGUACCAUUAGUCCUCGUCAUCGUCAUCCUCGUCGUGAAUGAGAGAGAGAGAGAGAAAGAAAGAAAGAAAGUGCCGAAGCAACUUCUAGAGAGAGAGAGAGAGAAAUCGCCGGCGUCCUCGUGAUUCCCGCCGGCGGGCGGAUUACUUUAUAAAAACCUCACUGCUAAUUCUGGACGGAAAUGCUUCUCCUCUCAAUGCCUGACAAUUAAGGUUACUUCUUCUUCGGUCUCUCCCGCCGUUGUCGGAGGGAGUGUGGCUAACUUCCGGCGAGGGCAUUGUCGACCUUCCGCCCCGUUGGAUUGAUUAUUUCCUAUGAGAUUGUGAUAAUGGAGUUUUGGAACUCAAUUGGGGUUGGAGUUGCUUAACUUUGUGAAGUGGCGAUUUAGGCUUUUUUGUUCUCGGCGAAAUGGGUGAUACUGAAGAUGUUAACACUGAGAACAUGCGAAAUCAUCUUCAAUGUUCAUAUGGAGUAUCGUCUUCUUCAGCUGGAAAUCUUCCUUUCUCGAUGGAUCAACUUAAAAUUUCCCAAAUGAACUCUUCACAAAUCCGUCCACCGCACUUUCAUUCAAAUUUUCUUGGGGAUAAUAGUAGAAGGAUUGGGAUACCUCCUAGUCCCAACUCACCGCAGAUCCCACCAAUUUCACCGUAUUCUCAGAUCCCGAUCUCGCGUCCGAUGAAUCAGCAAAAUUAUAACCCAGUACCUACUCAUUCUCGGUCGUUGUCUCAGCCUUCUUUUUUCUCUCUUGAUUCUUUGCCCCCUUUAAGCCCAUCUCCAUUUCGUGAAUCCCCAACUACGUCGAAUUCAGAUCAGGUUUCUGCAGAUACAUCAAUGGAGGAUAGGGAUAAUAAUAGUUCACAUUCUUUGUUGCCCCCCUCACCUUAUAUGAGAGUCAAUUCUUCUAAGAUGGGAGAUUCUUUACCUCCUCGUAAAGCUCAUAGGCGGUCUAAUAGUGAUAUUCCAUUUGGAUUAUCUUCAAUGAUUCAGCCAUCUCCUCUUCUCCCAUUCAAUAGCUCUGGUGGAUUGGAACGAUCAACAAGUAGUAAAGAGAAUGCUGGCUUAUUAAAGCCCGGUAGCCAGUUUGUUAAAAGAGAACCUAGUUUGGAGAAAAGCGUUGACAACAAUUUAGAAGGAAUGGGUGAGAGGAAAUCCGAUGGGGACAGUGUGGACGACUUAUUUUCUGCUUAUAUGAAUUUGGAUCAUAUUGAUUUGUUCAACUCUUCUGGGACUAACGACAAGAAUGGUCAUGAGAAUCGAGAGGAUUUGGAUAGUAGGGGUAGUGGAACAAAGACAAAUGGUGGUGAGAGCAGUGAUAAUGAAGCAGAAAGCAGUGUAAAUGAAAGCGGGGAUAGUGCUCAAAUGCCUGGAUUGAAUUCGUCUGCUGAGAAGAGGGAAGGGAUCAAACGGACCGCAGGGGGAGAUAUUGCUCCGACUACCAGACAUUAUCGAAGUGUCUCCAUGGAUAGUUUCAUGGGCAAGUUGCAGUUUGGUGAUGAGUCCCCCAAAAUGCCUCCUACACCACCUGGCGUUCGUCCAGGACAACUUUCUUCAAACAACUUAGUUGAUGGUAAUUCUGCUCCAUUCAGCUUGGAGUUUGGUAAUGGUGAGUUCAGUGGGGCUGAAUUGAAGAAAAUUAUGGCAAAUGACAAACUUGCCGAGAUUGCUUUGACUGAUCCCAAGCGUGCGAAGAGGAUCUUGGCAAACCGUCAAUCUGCUGCUCGAUCAAAAGAACGUAAGAUGCGGUAUAUAUCUGAGUUGGAACACAAGGUUCAGACUCUUCAGACAGAAGCUACCACACUGUCUGCCCAACUCACACUUUUGCAGAGAGAUUCAGUUGGACUUACGAACCAGAAUAAUGAACUGAAGUUUCGUCUCCAAGCCAUGGAACAACAAGCACAACUACGGGAUGCUCUUAACGAAGCCUUAACUGCGGAGGUUCAGAGAUUGAAACUCGCUACGACUGAGCUAAACGCUCAGUCUCAUCCCUCUAAUGGGGUAAUGUCCCAACCUGCCAUCAAUCACCAUAGCCUCCAGCUUCAACUUCAGCAUCACCAACAACAGCAACAGAUGCAACAGAAUGGAAGUACAACCACAAAACCUGAAUCCAACCAAUAAUAAUUUGUUGAAGAUGGAUGAGCUUCAUUGUCUCUUUGAUCACCUUGUCCAUCAGCAUUAGAGUAAGCAAAUCUCCUUAUUAUUAUUGGCAUUUGGCAAAUGGUAAUUCUGUAAUCCAUUCAAUAGUCUUUUUAAAGUUGUGUAAAUCACACAGUUUAACCUUAUGCUUUGUUUAAAUUAAAUACUUUAGUGAAUGUAGGCAAACUUGUUACCACAAAAACAAAAAAAAAAAAAAAAGAGAGAGAGAGAAGUGUUCAUUGGGUGCUAAUUAUUACUUUAUAUUAUAUUGUAGCAUUUGAAAGCUUCUUUUCUUCC